ACCAGUCCCCUCAUCAGCAUCUGUGGAUGCAGAAAGCAGUGCGGGUGGGGCCAUUUCCUGCAGAGAUGCUGCCCCAUUGCCUCCUGAAUGUUGCUGGUUGCUAGAGACACGACUGGGAGCGUCGGAGAGAGAGGGAGACAGUGGGGGUGAAGGAAGAUCUCAGUGUCCUCUGCCCUCUCCGCACAACGACAUAGGCCCAUGGGGCUCCAGAAGUCCAGAGUAACGAUUAUGUAACAAAGAUUCUGGAAUCCUCUUAGUCCAUCCGAGAAUUGCUGCUGUCGUUGUUGUUGUUGCAGUUGCCCUACAGUCGAUUGGAAAGACAGUGAAAGGACAUCCCGGAGGUUUGCUCUGAACAUGACUUGGAGAGAUCUUGGUCUCCCUCUUUAUCGUUUGUGAAGGGUUUGAUUCCUCUGCUUAGGUUUGCCUUGGACUUGGAGUGUAUGUGGGACUGCUACGCACAUUGUUGAUAUUUGUGUGCAUGCGUAGGACAUUUGGAAAGGGGGGGGCAGAGAGGAGGUCUAAAGGUUCGUUCAAACUAACAAGCCCCCCACCCAUUUAUUUCUGUGUUUUUUGAAGAACCCCCAACCAGCUGCCAGCGUGAAGAAUAUGGCAUGGCCCUGUAUCACCAGGGCCUGCUGCAUAGCCCGCUUCUGGAACCAGCUGGAUAAAGGAGAUAUCGCAGUGCCUUUGGUUUUCAACAAGUAUUCGGAGGUGACGGAAGGGUCUGCACAGUACCAUGCCCACCUACAGCAGCCACAGGCUCGACUCAGUUCUGCUGCCAUAGAAACACAGUCGGCAGUGGUAGAGGCAGAUCAUGGAGGCCAAGUUGGUUCUACCAAAGACUUGUCCCAGAAGCCUGGGCUGGGGCCUAACAAAAUGCAGACCGAUUCGGUCAUGCGGCAGGAUUACAAAGCUUGGAAAGUGAAGCCUGAACUGAGCUGCAAACCCAAAACUGAGUACCAGCCUUCGGAGGCCCCCUUUGAUAACAAAACACAGUACCAGAAGGACUUUAAAGCAUGGCCUAUCCCUAGGCGGGGGGAUCAUCCUUGGAUCCCUAAACCAUCUCCAGGUCUCAAUGCUCCAACUGCCUCCAGUGAGGCCAAGAAAUCAGCUGUAGCCGUACCAGAGAACAAGCCCACUGAGCCGGCUAAAGUGGAGGCCACAGAAGAAGUUGUGCCCAAAGUUAAGGCAUCAGUCACUUUCAGUGGUUUGCCCAUUAAGGAACCAGUAUCUAAGGAGAACCCUGAAAAGAAGAGCAGGGAGAAGUCUCCAUCUGGCCAGCUUCACGUGGAUGGGAUGAGACCUAGGGAUGCAGUGGACAUGCUCAACAGGCAGAUUAAGGAGGAAGGAGGAGCAGGUUCAUCAUACAGAAAUGAGUUUAGACCUUGGACUGAUGUUAAACCAGUGAAGCCGAUCAAAGCCAAGUCUCAAUACCAGCCACCCGAGGAGAAGGUUGUCCAUGAGACAAGUUACAAGGCCACAUUCAAAGGGGAAAGCAACCAGCCCACAGCUGGGGACAACAAACUGACGGAGCGGAGAAGGAUACGCAGUUUGUACAGUGAACCUUGUAAGGAAUCCUCUAAGGUGGAGAAGCCUAGCGUUCAGACUUCCAAACCAAAAAAGACAUCGACAAGCCAUAAACCUGUGAAAAAGGCCAAAGAAAAGAUCAUCGCACCAGGCCGGGCUUCCAAGAAGAAGAGCGCUGAGAGCACCCCCACCACGAAGCCAGAGGAGAAGGAGAAAAGCAAGGAGAUCAACAAUAAACUGGCUGAGGCGAAAGAGAACCCAGCACACCCCAAGAAUGAUACAGACCCGGAAUCCUACAACCCACAAUGAAUGAAAUAGAGACGUCUAUGUAUGAGAAUGUGCCAUAUGAAGAUACUAUAUAGCAGGAAUAUCCAACUCACAAUCAUCCCUUUUGGGGUGAACUUCAGCUCCCAGCAGCCUCAGCUAGCAGCACUCAUGACUUGCAGUUCAUAACACAAUUGGGUGAGCAGUGGGUGAUAUCCCUGCUCUGUAGUCUGCAUGAAGUAUGGAGCCUUCCAGAUGUUUCUGCACUUUUGCCACAAGCUCGGAGGCAUGAAGCAAAGCUAGAUCCUUGGGAUGGAGGUAGCUGAUUCACCAUGGCUGGAAUAUUAUACCCUGGCAGAUUCCCAAGUGCUUUUAUUGUAUACAGCCACCAAUAAAUGCCCUUGUAGGGAGGUAAAAAAUAUUUUUAUAUAGAUAUGGUAUAGCGUAAUGCAUCAUUUGGCCAGUGGGUGGCAGUAACAAUGGACAGGAAGCUCCUGGAAAGUUUAUAGAAUGGGGAAGGUCCUAGGACCUGAAACAUGUUUUCGGGAGUGAAGUAGGAGGAAGAGCUUCUUAGCCUGAUCGAGAUGUAAGAGUGAACAUCUGAGAAGCCUGUACCAACCUCCCAGGCCAAGGGGUAUCAGGCUGCUCUUGGUUAGGGCUUAAUUAAACCUAGUUAGGUUAGGUAGCAAUCUGUGGAACCAGAAAAGAGGAUAGUGGGAGUUAAGCAUGUGGAGGACUCGAGUAAGCAAUAGAAACCUGCAGUAGAGGCAAGAAAGUGGUUAUGCAGCCUAGCAGGUGAACCCACAGGAAAAUGGUAGCCCACACGUUGCUUCAGAGAGAGAGGGGGGGGCUUGAAUGUGCUUAAAGAGGUAGUUGACCUUUGAAUUCAGUUUUAGUAUGAUGUAGACAGAUAUAUUCUGAGACUAUUUUAUGAGUUUUUUAUUAUUUAUCUUUAGUUC